CACACACACACACACACACACAGAUGCAAGCGCCGGGGAUCUGUGUGUCUCUGCAAUAAGUGGCUAAUAAAAAGCAAUAAAUUGUCUUGGAUAAAUACAUCCAUCCGGCUGUGCGCCAUGGGCGACGACGCGUCAAACUUCAGGGGAGGAAGCGGGACCGGCGUCUCAUCCGCAGAACCCCGGACGGCUGAGGAUCGCGGCAGAGUGGAGAGUCCACUGAAUUAAAACUGAUCGCCGCAGAAAAGGAUGAGAUUAAGGAAUUUUCGGAUGACUUGUCAGAUGAACACUGUGACAGUUUUUGAUGUUAUUCGGAAAACAGAAUCCCAAUCGGGGCUUUGCCGGACUUGGUCACUUUGAUUUGUUCGCGCGGAGAUCAAGUGGCGGAGAUGGGACAUGAGAUGUUUGGUUUUGUGCUUGAAUCCAACGAAUACAGCCAUAUGUCAUCGAAUCAAUAAGUUCAAACGGGAUCUUUCAUUUGAUCGUAUUUCUGUGCACUAUGAUGGAACCGUCACCAUGCGCGAAGAAGAGCCUGUCCUUGUCGCUCCCGGUUCCGCGGGAAGGACAGGCGACCCUGAAGCCCCCGCAGCAUCUGUGGAGACAACCCCGAACCCCGAUCAAAAUCAAGCACCGGGGGUAUUCCGACACCGACCGACAUCACCACCGGCACAUGGAGCGCUCGGACGCCGUGGAUACGAGCGACCGACCCGGACUGAAAAAGUCUCGGAUGUCCUGGCCGUCCUCUUUCCACGGGACCACAAACACAUCCAUCGGAAAUUGUGUCGGGAAUAAACGCUUCGAUUCAGAGAAUGGCCCCUCGCCAGGACGCAGUCCCAUGGAUUCGCAGGCGAGUCCCGGGUUGGUGGUCCACCCUUCUUUCCCCCAGAGCCAGCGCAGGGAGUCCUUCCUGUACCGCUCGGACUCGGACUUCGACACGUCCCCCAAAACCAUGUCCCGCAACUCCUCCAUCAACAGUGAGGGGCACGCCGAAGACAUGAUCGUCACCCCCUUCGCUCAGGUACUUGCCAGCCUACGAACUGUAAGAAGCAACUUCACCAUCCUCGAUGUCACAACACCCACUAACAAGAGGUCACCAGUGACAAGCCAACCCACCGUUCCCCAAGCUACACUCUCUGAGGAGACGUACCAGCAGAUGGCUCUGGAGACUCUGGAGGAACUGGACUGGUGUCUGGACCAGCUGGAGACCAUUCAGACCCACCGCUCAGUCAGCGAGAUGGCCUCCAACAAGUUCAAGAGGAUGCUGAACAGGGAGCUGUCCCAUUUGUCAGAGAUGAGUCGCUCAGGGAACCAGGUGUCAGAAUACAUCUCCACUACCUUUCUAGAUAAGCAGAACGAAGUGGAGAUCCCGUCCCCGACUUCGAGGGAGAGGGAGAAGCCCAUGUGUCACAUCAGUGGUGUGAAGAAACUCACGCACAGUUCCAGCCUUUCGAACUCCAUCACGCCACGAUUCGGUGUGAAGACUGAGCAUGAAGAUCAGUUAGCCAGGGAGCUGAACGACUUGAACAUCUGGGGCCUUAAUAUCUUUCGUGUUGCAGAGUACUCCAAUAACCGUCCCCUCAGCUGCACAAUGUUCGCCAUCUUUCAGGAGAGAGAUCUGCUGAAGACCUUUAGGAUCCCUGUGGAUACGUUUGUCACCUAUGUGAUGACCCUGGAGGACCACUACCAUGCCAAUGUGGCCUACCACAACAGCCUCCACGCCGCAGAUGUCACUCAGUCUACUCAUGUACUGCUAUCCACGCCAGCGCUAGAUGCUGUGUUCACGGAUCUAGAGAUACUAGCUGCGUUAUUUGCCGCUGCUAUCCACGACGUCGACCAUCCAGGAGUGUCCAACCAAUUUCUCAUAAACACAAACUCCGAGCUAGCCCUGAUGUACAACGACGAGUCAGUGUUGGAGAACCAUCACCUCGCUGUGGGCUUCAAGCUGCUCCACGAGGAAAACUGUGACAUCUUCCAGAACCUGAGCAAGAGGCAGAGGCAGAGCCUGAGGAAGCUGGUUAUCGAUAUGGUUUUGGCAACAGACAUGUCCAAACACAUGAGUUUGCUGGCGGACCUCAAAACAAUGGUGGAGACCAAGAAAGUGACUAGUUCUGGAGUGCUGCUGCUGGACCAUUACACUGAUCGGAUACAGGUGUUGCGGAACAUGGUGCACUGCGCUGACCUCAGCAAUCCCACGAAACCUCUGGCCGUGUAUCGGCAAUGGACGGAGAGAAUCAUGGAGGAGUUCUUCCGGCAGGGGGACAAGGAGAGGGAGCGAGGGAUGGAGAUCAGUCCCAUGUGCGACAAACACACUGCGUCUGUGGAAAAGAGCCAGGUGGGCUUUAUUGACUACAUAGUCCACCCGCUGUGGGAGACGUGGGGGGACCUUGUGCACCCCGAUGCCCAGGAUAUAUUGGACACUCUGGAGGACAACAGGGACUGGUACCAGAGCACUAUUCCACAAAGCCCCUCCCCUCCUCCCGUGUGCCAGGACAAGGAUCUGAACGCCUGCAUUGACAAGUUUCAGUUUGAGCUCACCCUCGAAGACAGCUCGCCGAGAGAAGAGGGCGACGAGGGGGAGCACACGGCAAACCACGUGGAACAGGACUGCAAUCAGGGGGACGAGGAGGAGGAGGAUGAGGAGGAGGGUAAAAAAGAGGAAGACGUUAUGGCAGAGGAGGUGAAUGAGGACGUAAUAGAAGAGGAAGACGAGGUGGCUAUGGAGGAAGAGGAGGUGGAGGAGGAGCUGAAAGGUCAGUUAGAGGUGAGAUAUGAAAAGGAGAGACUUUCCGACACAAGCCCUGUAGAGGAAGAGGAAGAUUCUUCUUCACAAGCUGAAGAUACAUGAGUUCGGCUCCUGUGUCUCCCUCCUCACUUGCACACAUUAUCUUGUUCAUCCUUUCCAUGGCCAAACCAAGAACAAAUAAGACUGCAAUGACAAUACAGACCUUUAAAUAUAUUUUUCAAAAAGGGAAUAAAUUAAAGAGAAGGUGAUUACACAGCAACUGUAGAUUUGAAGUGGUGACGAGUCCUCCGGCUAACUUCGAAACAGACUUUAGACAGAGAGGAAUUUAGGAAGCAUUAGCGACGGGGCAACCGAAGACAGCGUAGCACUCUGGGACUGGAAUGCACACACACAAACACACAAAAGUAACAAGACUCCAAUUCGCCGUGGGAGCGAGUCAUGAAUACACAAAUUCAACGGGCGUAGGUGCAUGCAUCAUUCAUGGAGCGCAAACACACCCCCUCCUUUCUAGCAAACACACACACACACACAGAGUAUGUUUGCAUGUGUGCAUUUAGGGGACAUUGAUCAGUGAUGAAUCUGUUUGGAAAAAGCCAUCUCUUAAUGGAGUAUUUACUAGUGUUCAGUCAGUAUUACUAAUUUGUGUUCGUUAGAACUUCGAUAGAAACUGUUGUCCUCAAAAAAGCUACACAUCCGGGUGACUUUUUUUUUUUCCAUUUCUGUCGGAAAGAAAAAUACAAAAAAAUAAAUAUCCACAGAGUUGGAGGAGGAGAGAAGGAGAUACCGAAGGCAAAGAAUAUUCUGGCGGGAGGGGGGCCGCCGGGUCCCGUUCCUCCUUUUCCCUUUACGAGGAGAGUGCUACUGGUGCGAGAUGGCUCUGUGCCUUUCUGAAACACCAGCUUCCUGGACGGAGCUGUCGUGAAGCAAUGCAUUGUGGGACAGGAGUUUCUGAUUUUGAUAUUCUUUUUGUUUUUGGUUUGUCUCUUGUUAACGAUCUCUCUUUGCUGUUCACGGUAUUGUGGUGUGUUUCUCACUUGUUUUUGUGGUCAUAUGUUUAAAGCUAAAAGUCUUCCUUUGUUGCUCUUCUGGUAAUAUAAUAACUCAGAACUCUAGAUGCAGAGCAAUCACUACCACUUCUGUUUUAUUUUCUUAUUCCAAUAAUUUCUUUUUUUAACUUUCUGAGAAUAAGCCAUGUGAUGCUUUGAAGCAUAAGUUUUGCCUAUUUUCUAUUUAACAGUUGCUUAAUAUGUUAAAGGGAUACAUAAUUACUUCAUGAGCAGAACAAAUUUCCACUUGCCAUCUCAUUCCCACUUGCACUGGGUGGUCACGUCUCCUCACACACAAAGAUUCUCACCAAAGUAAAGGAUUAGAAAGUCCAAUGGGUGAACUGAUUUGAAGGAACAGCGAUGAAGAGGAUCAUCAGGGAGGCAGAAUGUCUGGAGAAAGAAAUCAGUGGUCCCCAAUCAUUAUCGUUAUAUUUGACGCUUUUUUGCCUUAAUGUUGGAUGCAGGACACACACCUGCAAGUAUGUAGAUUUAUAAGACAUAUAAUAGACAUCCUUGUAUAUUUAUAUCCCGUCCGUAUGCCUCUUUCUUUGUGUAUCAGUGUGUCUACAACGUAUCCAGCAUUGCAUUUGGAUGGGAAAGGGAAACACUGCAGCCGGUUAGUCGCCAUGUUGUCGCUGUGCUCGGACCAACGUUAAGAAUGUGUUGUUGUUGUUUUUUAAAUCAGGACGGUAAAAGUCUUUAGCAACCUGGAGGCGUGCAGGGGAAAUACGAAAUGAGAACGAAUAAGAGUGUUUCAAUCUGACCAGAUGUUGAUUUGUUGACACGGCGUGCUUGUUUGCGUGACUUAUUAGGGGGUCACGAGUGAGAAGUGGAGGACGGGACGCUGAAGACGCUUUCAUAUCCGCGUGUCAUCGCUCCCUCGCUGGCAUCGCCACAUUGCUGUGGAGUGGCGUUCGGGAUUCGAUCAGCACAGCUCAGACAGGUCACACGUUGUUUAGGAGUUUGUCUUUCACAGGGUAAACAAAACAAAAUAACAUGAAUGUGGUUCUUUUGGAGGGUAAGUUUCUGCAGGUCAGUAACUGAGUUUAUCUGAAAUGACCACAGCUCGGUGCAACGGGAGCCUGUGUGUUUGAUCUGCUCCGUCGUAAAGGUGGAGCAGAGCAGCCGGGCCACCACACAGGCUUUCAUCUUGUAGAAUGGGAAUCCAGGACUACUUCUUCAGUUACUUAAAUACAAGAUUCCCAUAUGCAUCGGCCUUUUACUUUAAAGAUGUUGCUUUGUUUUUGUGGCUUCUUGUUAUGUCAUAAGCUAUAAAAACAUUAAUAUUUACUUGCCAUACAAACACGAUACUGUAGCAAUUGUUUCUUAUUAAGAAAAUUAUUCAAUUGAUUGAUUGCUGCCAUUCUUUUUAAAUGAUGAAAUGAAAACCAUGGGAAGUGUUUUCUUUGAACAGUUUGUGUACAGUUUAUUUUUAUAUCAUUCUGGUGGAUGGUCUGGAAAAUGAAUCAUGUAUUGAUGAUAUAUAGCUAUAAGCAUUACCACUUGUAUAUAAUGUAAUAUUGGAAUGUAAAAUAUAAAUUUAUCCAAGUCAUAAUGAUUGACGAGCAACCAAUUAAGGUUGUUAAGUGAGUCACUAAAAUACUGCAGGCCACAUCCUCACCAUUCCAUUCUCUGGUUAUGUUCUCCCUCCCUUGUGUUGACAUUUCCUAAUCCUCCACAUGUAUUGUUAAAAUCAAAUAUAUUUGUACCAGCACUUUAUUUCGUCAGGUUUUGAGGCAAACCGUGUGUUUCAGGUAGUGUACAGUCUGUGCUGGUGGUUUGGUCAUUGGCAGUCACCUGUUGAUUAUAUCCCAUUGGGCCAAAUCACAAACCAUCAUUGUGCAGUAGUCAAUGUAACACCCUUUUCUAGAGACAUAAUCAAACAAACUAGUCACUCUCUAUUAAAGGUCCAUGUGUGAUUGAACCAAUUUGACUGAUAAAGUCAAAUGUAAGCAGAUGUAGUCUCAUGGGAUGUGACAGAAUUAUCAAACUUGGCCAUUUCGAGUACUAUCAACACCUCUAUUUAUUAGUAACUUUAAUCAUUAGCCUGAUAGCUUACAUAUCUGCCCAGCGGUGGCCUAACUAGCUGGUUCCCAUCUGGGCUGCUGUCAGGUCACUUUGUCGCAGACUGACUCCCUCUGUGAAUAAUUCUCUGGGCUUUAAUUCAUGUGUUUAUUCACAAGUAGGAAAGAUUAUUCACGGGGAAAAAAACAACAUGAAAUGAUUGUAAUAUUUGUAGAUGAUCUUGCUGUAAUGUGUAAAAUGUGUCCAAGUUAUUUUUUAUUAUAUUAUUUUUAUGAAA